AAGCUGGCGCCAUAGCCCCCCGUGGCAAUGCUUCUGCUGACGCUCACCAACCUUGGGCUCGUCGCCGGAGCGGUGGCGGCCGCCGCCACGUCCCUCAAGGUCGUCACGAUCGGGACGACGCCAGACGGCACCACGGCCCCCAUCCGCGGCUGGAACUCCUGGGGCACCCAGGCGGGCAAGUAUCUCAGCGACGCAGACUACAACGAGGGCCACGUCCGGGGCAUAUGCGACCGGCUGGCCGGCGACCUGCGAGGCAACUACAGACUCUGCGGCCUGGACUCUGGCUGGUCCGUCGGCGAUCAUGGCGACGACCACGGCCGCAUCAGCUACGACGACAGCAGGUUUGACAUUCCUCGCUUCGCGCGCUACCUGCACGGCAAGAAACUCCUCAUCGGCAUCUACAUCGUCCCGGGCGCGUUCCUCAACGACUUCAACAAGACCAUCGAAGGGACCAACACCAAGAUCAGCGACAUCUGCGGCGCAACCAACGGGCUCGCGAGAUGUCGACUGAAAUACGACCACCCAGACACGGAGAAGUGGAUCGACUCCAACGCCAGGCAGUUUGCCAGCUGGGGCGUCGACUACAUCAAGCUCGACUUCAUCACGCCCGGCUCCAACGACAACGGCGUCGACCUGCCCCCCGACGAGAGCCCCGAGGUCCAGCUGUGGCACCGGGCCAUCGCCAAGACGGGCCGCAGGAUGACGCUCGCCAUCUCCUGGAAGCUCGACCGCAGCAAGCCCUACUUUGACAUUUGGCGCGCCAACGCCGACUCGAUGCGCGUCGACCAGGACAUACAGUCGUACUCGCGCACGCCCUUUACCGACUGGUCGCGCGUCCUGCGCACCCUGGGCAACUACCUCGAGUGGAUCAACGCCGCCGUCGCCCACGAGUACUACUCUGACCACCACCGCGCCGGCAGCGGCGGCGGUGGCAUCGGCACGCACCCCAACCUCGACACCAUGUACGUCCUCAACAACGGCACCCUCAGCGGCCUGAGCCUGGACCAGCGCCGCUCCGUCUUCAUCCACUGGAUCGGCUCCUCGGCCGAGCUCAACCUCGGCGACGACCUCGAGCAGCCCGACCCGGACGGCCUGGCGCUGCUCAACGACCACGACGCCCUCGCGGCGGCGGGCUUCACCGCAAACUACCCCAUGCAGCCGCGCAACCCGGGCUCCGGCGGCAACGCCUGGCUCGCGCAGAACGCGUGGAUCGCGGGGCCCGCGCCGUCUGGCGAGUUCAUCGUCGUGCUAGCAAACUACGACGACGGCGACGCGGGGACCCAGACGAAGACGGUGUCUGCGUCAUUCGCAGACCUGGGCGUCUCGGGCAAGUACACGUGCUUUGAUGUGUUUGGCAAAAAGUCCGUGACUACGCAAUCCGGCCUGAGCGUCAGCCUCAAGGGGGGACAGAGCGUCAUGUACCGCUGCACGCGCGCCAAACACUGAGUGCCCGAACCCUGACCGAGUUGGAGCAGAGCAAGAGAGAAUACAAUUCCGAUGAAGAA